AGCACGCGGAUAUAUCGCCGUGUCGUUAUAAAAUGUAUAUUAUAAUUUGCCGAGGCUGCAUUGUUUCAUCACAACGCUAACAGAGCAUGUUUAUCUUCAUGGUAUCUGGCACGGACCCUCCAGCGUCUCCUCUGUUCUCUCAUGAUCACUCUCAUCGUUCAUCUUGUCCAUUCAUUGAAACGAUCUCUCGUCGUUGCUUUCGUAUCAUCUCCCUCUCCCCUAACACAAUGGAACGUCUUUUGAGGCUGGCGCAACGGUUGUCGACCACAACUACUGGUACGGAGAAGCGCGCCGUACACAUAUGCAAAACAAUUUCGAACGAUACCAUUAACAUAGAGGCCUCGCCUUUCUUCCAACUGCCUGCUUCUGUUCGAAAGCGGAUAUACGGAUACGUUCUUGGUGGAUUGCAGAUCCGGGUCUGUGAUACGAAGAACUGCAAGAGAUUGCAUAGAUGUCGUUCCAAGAAGCGGAAACUCAAUUGCCCUGCAUACAUUUGGAAACUAUGCUCUUGCCAUUUUCUCUCAACGAGUUCGAUGGAGACCAUUGGGACAUUCAUCUCGCUGUCUACUAUCACCUUACCGAUGCUCAGGUGAGCGCUAUCACGAAUAUACGCAUUUAUCUCGGGAAACUGGAUGUACAAUACAAGCAUAGCUUGAAGAACGAAUGUGCAAUUACUAAGCUUGGCAGUGAUUUGACCUCCACCCUACAAGCCUUAGGUCGACUUCGUG